AUGUCGGGGCUGCUCCACGCCUUGAGAACAGCCCUUGGUUUCUCAAAGGCUGCAAAGCCAACGGUCAACACUAAAGGUCUCCCCGUCCGCGAUUUGACCAAGUUUGCGGAGGGCGAGAGGGUGCUCGUUGAUGGCCUGAAGCUCACAGGGCCCCUUCAGAAGAAUGGAUCCUCAAAUUACAAGAACGGGUUGCUGUCGCACAACGACAUCAUUGGGCAACCGUUGUCCUCUUUCUACCUUCGAGGCCCGAAAGGCAUAUACAAAGUCGAUGCCCCAACACUGGACGACUAUGUCGCCCUGACGCCGAGACUUGUGACCCCAGUUUAUGCAAACUAUGCCUCUUCCAUCGUGUCACUCCUAGACAUUCACCCCAUUCCUUGGACCGGCGAUGGCAACUCUUCGACUUCUCGGCCACUCGAGAUACUUGAAGCAGGCACCGGCCAUGGCAGUCUCACUCUCCAUGUUUCACGCGCCAUCGCCUCCGCCAAUCCUCCUCCGCUCGGUAUUCCCAUCCCUCAUUACCACAAGAACGAGCUCCAACGACCAGAGGCACCCACCAUAGAGACUGGCUUAAGGGAAGCAUGGUCGCAAUGGAAACAAAACCGCCAUGCUGUUCUGCACACCGUCGAGAAGGUUGAAGCAAAUCGCUGGCAUGCAGAGAAGAUCGUGCGUGGUUUCCGGCAAGGUCUGUACUGGCCACACGUAGACUUCUAUGCCGGAGAUGUUAGUCACUGGGUUCAGGCACAAUUCUCCCGGCGCAAGUCGCGCACUUGGAAUCCUUUGGCCAGCACAUCCGAUGAUGGCUUCCUGGACUACGUCCUCCUCGACAUGCCAGGAGUCCAUACACAGCUCCAACACGUCAGCAAGGCGAUGCGCGACGACGCGAAGAUCAUCGUCUUCACCCCUAGCGUGACACAGAUAGGCGAGUGCGCGAGAGCAAUUCAAGACUCGAACUUGCCCUUGGCCAUGGAAAGAGUUCUCGAACUCGGUGAGGGAAUCAGUACCGGGCGCAGAUGGGACGUCAGAAUGGUCUUUCCGCGAAAGUACAAGGAUCACGCAAAACCCCCGGCAGCCGAGCACGUCACGGAUAUCGAGACUGACAAAAAUCCGUUGGGAGUUGAGCAGAAGGAAAUGGACGAGGGCGAUGUCGAGAAAGAUGCGACAGAAGCACUGGCAGGUCGUUUGCCGGAGGAACAACCUGAUGAGCCUGUCAUGAUAUGUCGGCCUCUAGUUGGCGAGAGGACGAUGGGAGGCGGCUUCAUCGCGUUCUUCAAGAAGAUAUCGCCCGAGUCUGCUGCGGCAGCAGCUGAAUGGCGGAGAGGCCAAACUGGUUUGUCAACCCUCUGCCCCUGUUUUCCUGAACCGUAG